CAUAUAAUCAAUGACAUCGACCCCGCAUUCUCUUAUGUCCUCAACAAUGCAGUGAAUCUUCAUCGCCAUGUCCAGCACUGUGACAGAAACUUUGACCAAGCCUUUGGAAGCAUUGAGUCUUCCUGUGGAGGAGCAGCAGCCUCGGUACACCAAGGUUCCUGGAGGCUAUGAAGUCGAGUUCAAAGGCGCGAAAUGGUUUACUGGAACAAUUCCAAACGAGGCAUACACACCUCCAAAGGACUUCGUCUUUCCAGGGAAUUCUUCGCCUGUCGAACUAAACCCAAAAGGACAGACCGAGAUACCACAAAAGUUGACAGCGGAUUAUACUGGUUAUAAAUACUCAAACUACCUUGCUCAUGUCACCCUCACGGAAGAAGCUCCACUCGUACCAUAUGAUCAUGUGGACUGUGCUUUUCGAGCAGAUCCGGAGAAGAAAGCUCUCUUUGCUGCUAUCAAAGAAAUGAAAGACAUGACUCCUUCAAUUGGGACUGAAGUCAAAGGUGUCCAACUGAGCUCUCUGUCCAGUCAACAAAAGGACGAACUUGCGCUCUGGGCUGCCGAGCGAGGGGUUCUGGUCUUCCGCGAUCAAGAUUUCGUCGAUCAGACACCGGAAUUCUUGAAGGAGUACGGUAGCCACUUCGGUCGACUCCAUGUACAUUCAUUCGGAUCGCAUAUGAAAGGCCACCCGGAGAUAUUGAGCAACCUUCGUGAUAACGACAAGACAGUGUUCGACCAUUACGGUGCAGGAUAUCUGACAACAACCAGAUGGCACUCAGAUAUGACUUACGAGAAAAACCCUAUGGGCACGACCUUUCUCUGUGCGUUGGAAGUCCCUGAAUGUGGAGGUGAUACGCUUUAUCUCAACAACAUGGACGCAUAUGACAAGCUCUCGGAACCAAUGAAGUUCUUCCUCGAGGGGUUGUCAGCCGUACACUCGGGUGCCCAACAAUCAAUCCAUGGCAAGAAGAGCUCCGUAUAUCGCCGUGAUCUUGUCGAGACGCUCCAUCCCAUCGUCCGAAAGCAUCCUGUCACGGGCCGAAAAGCGCUCUGGUUUCCUCCCGAGUACGUCGCUGGUAUCGUCGGGUUGAAGAAGGAAGAAAGCGACGCCAUCACCGCCAUGCUCUUCUCGCACCUGGAAAAGAGUCUCGAUUUCCACACUAGGGUGAAGUGGGAGAAAGGUACCGUCGUGGUGUAUGAUAACAGGAUGGUGUUGCAUUCAGUUGUGCUGGAUUAUGCUCUUGGCCCCAAUGCGAAGCGCCACCACAUCCGCAUUACCCCUCAAGCAGAGCGCCCGAUUCCUGCUCGAGAGUCUUCAUGAUGCCGAACAAGUAGUUGAGGUUCGUUCUUUGGAAGUAGAGUUCAUUGUCUGUCGUAUCUAGGUCAUUGUAACCAUGUGCACCAGAUUAAAGUGCUACUUGUUACGGCUACGUGCACGUGAGCUCGCUGAGUCAUCUCGGUGAGCUCUGGGUCACGUGGAGGAGCACUGAGGAGCGGACGGGGCUCCUAG